AUGAACGCAAUUUUCGAGAGGAUCCAAGCGAACCAAGACUCGCUCUCCGACGAGGCUCUGGCGCCGCUCAAAAGCUACAAGUACCAGAGUGUGGACAAGUCCUUCAUCUCUAGAUAUGUCUUGAAGCACUACUGGAAUGCGUUUGUCGAAGUCUUACCGAUGUGGAUAGCUCCGAACAUGGUAACCUUAUUGGGUUUUAUGUUCAUUGUCGGAAAUGUGAUGCUCAUAGAGAUGUUGAUGCCUGAUCUUGUGGGACCUGGUCCCUCCUGGUUAUAUUACAGCUUUGCUUUCGGCAUGUGGAUGUACUCCACGCUGGAUAACGUUGAUGGCAAACAAGCUCGGAGAACAGGAACGUCUAGUGGGUUGGGGGAGCUGUUUGAUCACGGAAUCGACUCCUUGAAUUGUACGCUUGCUAGUCUACUGGAGACUGCCGCGUUGGGCUUUGGCUCCACGAAUCUAGGCGCCUGGACAGCUCUUGUUCCUUGCCUCGCGAUGUAUUUCUCCACCUGGGAGACCUAUCAUACACAUACACUCUACCUCGGCUACUUCAACGGCCCUACUGAGGGUCUUCUGAUCGCAAUUGGUUUGAUGGUGGCAUCAGGCUGGUAUGGUCCUGAAAUAUGGUCUCGGCCGAUCGUCGAGUUCUUGAACAUCCCCCAGAUCUUUGGAAACAACUCCGUGAAAGACCUUUGGAUUCCUCUCCUUAUCUCAUCAUUCUUCUUGGGGCAUUUGCCUGGUUGUGUCUACAACGUCAUUUCUUCAAGAAGGAAACAGAAUCUCCCCAUAUCCCCAAUAUUCAAGGAGUGGGUACCAAUGAUCGUCUUCACUGGAUGCAAUAUGGCUUGGCUCUUCUCUCCUUAUUCGAGCAUAUUGGCUGAUAACCGCUUGGUGCUGUACUGUUGGACAAUCUCAUUCGUCUUUGGACGGAUGACUACCAAGAUCAUUCUUGCGCAUCUGCUGAGACAGCCAUUCCCUCAUUGGACUGUCCUGCAAACUCCUCUGGUUGGUGGUGCUAUUUUAGUGAACUUGCCCUGGAUUGGUCUUCCCGGGUUGAGCGCAUGGGUGGAGCUCCUGUAUCUGCGGGUUUAUCUCCUCUUUGCCUUUGCAAUCUAUAUGUACUGGGCAUUCUUGGUUAUCAACCGGAUCACGACUUUCUUGGGAAUUAAUUGUUUGACGAUUCGGCGCGACAAGUCGGCAGCCCGAGAGCAGGCUUACCGUGACAUUGGUGAGACACAUUUCGAGGAUGCCAAUACUGGUGGUGACACUAACGCUGGGCGCUAUAAAAGUCAUUGA